CGUCAUCACGCAACAUGUCGGCAGCUGAACGAGCGCGCGAGAACACAUCAGAUUCAGGCUCUUCCCACUCCAGCCACGAAGAGUUAAUGUGUGUAAAGGGAAAACAGAUGGAAGAUGAGGGACAGCCUGCCACCUCCAGUAAAGCUUUAACAGGCAAUAGUGUAAAAUCCCCCAGCUCUGUCAUAUCAUCUCCGUCUUCAGCGUCUGGCAGAGCAAAGAUGAGCGUCUGCGGGCCGAGCAGUAAGACAGCCCCAUCUUCAUCUUUCUUCUCAUCAUCCACAGUUCUGUCUGCGGCAACCCCCCCACCCAAAAUCCACCGCGCUCGCAAGACCAUGAACAGACCUCCGUUUCCACAGAUGAAGUCUAUAGAGUCCAUGAUUCUAGCAUCCACACCCGAGAAACUUCUCAACAGCAGUAAAGCAGACACAGACACGGGAAAGAAGCGUAAAGUAGUGUUGGACUCAGACAACACAGCGCCCCCUCCAGGAACUCCAGAGAAGGUUUGCAGGCCGCAGUCAGAGCCUCAGCUGACUGUGUCUCCAGUGAUGGAGAAGGUGGAGCCAGUUGCCAUGGCGACUAAAGAGCACAGUGGUGUUUGGCUGGAGGAUCUGGAUGACGAGGCAGAUGAGGAAGAUUUCCACCUGCUGUACAACACGUAUUCUGGAGACGAUAUGAUUUACUCGGACAGCAAGUCAGAAGACGGGAUGGCAGAUGAGCAACAGGAGACGGAGCAUCUCUCUGAACAUAGCUCUGAAUCCGACCGGCCCCUCGCUGCAUACAAGAAAGCGGGUGGAGAGAGAGGCGAGUCGCCAUGGAAACGACAAGGCAAGGGUAAAGGAAGAGACAGACCGCCUGCAGGAGACACAGAGCUUGAUAAAGGUGUCGAUUCAUCCGCAGCAGGUGUUGCGACCGCAGCUACAGCGAGCAGGACAGACUACACUGAAGUUCCUCUGGAUUCUCUGGACAUUUCCGCGGGCGACAGCUUCUCUCACUCUCCAAACGCAGACGGGAGCGAUGCAGAAACGGAGCGUCUGGAGGAGCUUCCUCUGUGUAGCUGCAGGAUGGAGGCGCCGCGUGUGGAUGGAAUGGGUUCACGCUCCGGUCGAACAUGCAUGGCCAUAGAGAGCGUCAACGGAGAGUUGGUUGGCUGCACCAGUGUGAUCGUGAAGGGCGAGACGAUGCGUCCGUCCAGCCGCGUGUCUCUCAUGGUGUUGUGCGAGACACAUCGCUCUCACAUGGUCAAACAUCACUGCUGUCCAGGCUGUGGAUACUUCUGCCUGUCUGGAACGUUUCUUGAAUGUUGUCCGGAUGUUCGCAUCACUCAUCGUUUCCACCGCGGAUGCGUGUCUGUGCUGGGUGGUGGGCGGAGUCGAGCAGGAGGAGGGGGCUUCGGCCUGCUCUUCUGUCCUCACUGCGGUGAAGAUGCGUCAGAGGCCCGCGAGGUCACCAUCCCCACAGCGCCUCCUUCAGGCAGUAACGUGGUGAUGGCGAGCGCAUCAUCCACCACGGCCACGCCUUCCCUGCUCCCGUCUGCCCUCGCUGUGACGUCACGGAUGCUGAACAACGAGAAGAGAAGUGGAGAUCCGAUCAAUGCGAGGAUGCGUUGCCGUGGAGAUGUCAGAAAGGGGGCGGACCUACAACCUCCCAAUGGCACUCCCGGAGGGGGCGGGGCAGGGGACCCGGUUGCGCUGGGCGACGGAGGUGUAGACAGCGUGGGACCGUCACUUGUCCUGCCCAACGGGAAGCCCAUCUGCCCCAGCGCAAUUCCACCUGGAGACAAAAGGGCGGCGCUACAGAGAGCAAUUCUCACACAGGAAACAGAGAGGAGGAAAAAGUUGCGCUUUCACCCCCGUCAGCUCUAUCCAGCGGCCAAACAGGGUGAAGCUCAGCGGGUUCUGCUCAUGCUCAUGGAGGGCAUCGAUCCAUCGUAUCAGUCGGACUCUCAGAACCGGCGUUGUGCUCUUCAUGCGGCCGCUCAGAGGGGUCUGCUGGAGAUCUGUUACCUGCUCGUACAGGCUGGCGCUAAGGUGGACGCCCAAGAUAAGACUCUGAGGACCCCUCUGUUAGAGGCCAUAGUGAACAAUCACGUGGAGGUGGUGAAAUAUCUGAUCCAGAGCGGAGCUUGUGUUUAUCACGCUGAGGAGGACGGUUCCACUGGCCUUCAUCACGCUGCUAAACUGGGAAAUCUGGAGGUGGUGACUCUGUUACUGAGCACUGGACAGGUGGACAUUAACGCACAGGACAGCGGAGGCUGGACGCCCGUCAUCUGGGCGGCUGAACACAAACACAUGGAUGUGAUCCGAGCGCUGCUGAACAGAGGAGCGGACGUCACGCUCAGAGAUAAAGAAAUGAACGUUUGUCUGCACUGGGCGUCGUUUGCGGGCAGCGUUGAGAUCACAGAGCUGGUUCUGAACGCCGGGUGUCCUCUGUCGUCUGUGAAUCUGCACGGAGACACACCGCUACACAUCGCCGCACGAGAGGGCUUCAUCGACUGUGUCACUUUGUUUCUUUCACGGGGCGCCGACAUUGACAUUGUGAAUAAGGAGGGAGACACGCCCCUCUCUCUCGCCCGGCCUGACACGCCCGUCUGGGUGGCGCUCCAGAUAAACAGGAAGUUGCGGAGAGGAAUAGCCAAUCGUGUCGUACGCACGGAGAGGAUCAUAUGCAGUGAUGUAGCGCAAGGGUACGAGAACGUCCCCAUCCCCUGUGUCAACGGCGUGGACGAUGAAGGCUGCCCGUCUGAUUACAAAUACGUCGCAGAAAACUGCGAAACAUCUGCGAUGAACAUCGACCGCAACAUCACACACCUGCAGCACUGCAGUUGUACAGAGGACUGUUCCUCCAGUAAUUGUCUCUGUGGUCAGCUCAGCAUCCGGUGCUGGUAUGACAAGGAUCACCGUCUGCUCCAGGAGUUUAAUAAAAUCGAGCCUCCUCUCAUCUUUGAAUGUAACAUGGCCUGUUCCUGCCACAAAACCUGUAAGAACAGAGUCGUACAAGCUGGAAUCAAGGUUCGUCUCCAGUUGUAUCGCACAGAGAAGAUGGGUUGGGGUGUCAGAGCCCUUCAGGACAUCCCACAAGGGAGUUUCAUCUGCGAGUAUGUUGGGGAACUGAUCUCUGAUGCUGAGGCUGAUGUUAGAGAAGACGAUUCCUACCUCUUUGAUCUGGAUAACAAGGACGGUGAGGUGUACUGUAUCGACGCCCGUUACUAUGGUAACAUCAGCCGCUUUAUAAACCACCUGUGCGAUCCCAACAUCAUCCCCGUGCGUGUGUUCAUGCUGCAUCAGGACCUGAGGUUUCCUCGCAUCGCGUUCUUCAGCUCCAGAGAUAUUUUCACCGGACAGGAACUUGGGUUUGAUUAUGGCGACCGUUUCUGGGACAUUAAGAGCAAGUACUUCACCUGUCAGUGUGGUUCUGAGAAAUGCAAACACUCGGCGGAGGCCAUCGCUCUGGAGCACAGUCGUCUGGCCCGUCUGGAGGCGUGUCCUGAACCCGCUGCUGAAGCCACACCUCCUGUGUUAGGACACUCCUGAAACAUCACAGACACUCUUCUUUGUUUGUAUGACAGAUGCACACAUUAAAGACAUGAAGUGCUUGUAUUUUGUAUGAAGGUGAGCGUAGUGUUUUUAGCUUUGAAUGAUUUCCAGGCCGAGGAGAGAGAGAAAAUGAUGUUUUGUAGAGGCCUGUAUCAUACCACACAAAUGCUCUUGUCAGAAGUCCACCAGGAAACUGUAUUCAGAUGUGAAGUGAACCAGAAGAGGAUUGAUCAUGAAACCAAUACUGUCUUUUUUCAUACACGUGCCAUGAGAUUAUGUUUGUUUGCUUUUUUUGUGUGUAUUUGUUUUAAUAAAUACUGUUUGAUAC